GAUCUCCAAACCACGCCCGAGCGGUUCCUAUUAUUCUCCCAGAAACGAAAAAAAAUUUACGGGAACUCGAAGGAAAAUGCCCGAAGAAGGUACGUCGAAGAACAAGAGGAAGAACAAGGGCGCCACAAAGAGUCAGGAAGGAUGUGGCAGGGGAAUUGUAGAGCAGCAGGAUGUGUCCGGGAACUUACGAGCGGAGGAAUCUCUUGUCACAGUAAAUCCCAAUGGCAUACCCGAUUCCCGCCGGGAGACAAAUACGGAGAAGCAGGAAACCAAAAUAGGAGGAGAUCACAGCGCUUUCGAUGAUGGUGCGCAAAAGGAUUCCGAAGAUGAGCGACAAACAGCCACCCAAAAUGGGGAAGAGGACAUACCAAAAUCACCUUCUGAUACACUCCAAUCGAAGGAACGGUUCGACGCUCUAGUACGCGAUCGGGACUCGCUACGCGCUGAAGUGACGGAUAUGCGGAGAUCUUUGGAAGAAAUACAGUCUAAGCAUCGGACAGACAUGGAGGUUCUACAACAGAAACUAAACGACGCCGAGAGUAAAAAGGACCACGCCGAGUCACAGUUCCAGAAACUGUUGGAGCGUGUCAAUACAAUUAAAUCGCAGCUUGGUGAACGGCUCAAGGAAGACGCUGAGGAACUCGCCCAGGCUAGAUUAAAGAUUAGGGAGCUAGAAGAACAGAACUCGACAUUGAAAGAGGGGUUCCAGGCUAAGGCCACUGAGUUGGCGGAGCUGUCUAAAGAGAAUGAGCAGAAGUCGAAGGAAAUCUCAACCCUACGAGAUCGGACAAAUUUGUCACAGCAGAACUGGCUGAAGGAAAAGGAAGAGCUUCUCGAGCAAGAAUCAUAUCUUCAAUCUGAAUUUGAACAAGCUAAGGAAGCCAUGCACAACUGGGAAGUCCUUGCUAUGGAAGAGCGGUCUAUCAGGGAAAAUCUCGGCGAGAAACUCGUAGACCUCGAAGAACAGCUCGCCAGCCUCAAAGAUGCCUACGAAAGAGCUUCUGAUGAGCGAGACUCACAAUUAGCCACGGUGGACGGGUUACAAAGAGCUUUGCAGGAAAUCCAGACAGCCCGAAAACAAGAACUCCGUGAGCUCGUAGAGAGCUCCGAUGCUCAACUUGAAGAGCUAAAACAGGCACUUCACUGCGCAGAGAAAAAGGCAUUGGACACCGACAAAGCCUUUCAAGAUGCUCAGAAAGAAUUGGAGCGUGUAAGACCAUUUGAGAAAGAAGUUAAGGAAAAGAACCUUCUCAUUGGGAAACUCAGGCAUGAGGCAGUAACUCUGAACGAUCACUUGACUAAGGCGUUGAGAUUUCUCAAGAAAGGGAAGCCGGAGGAUAAUGUCGACAGGCACAUUGUGACGAAUCACUUCCUACAUUUUCUUACUCUGGAUCGGUCAGACCCUAAGAAAUUCCAAAUCUUGCAACUCAUCGCGGCUCUCCUAGGGUGGACAGAUGAACAGCGCGAGCAAGCCGGUUUGGCGCGUCCAGGAACUUCAAGUACCUCUAACAGGCUUAGAGUGCCAAACACACCUGUCCAUCGUACCCCCGGUACGCCCACGCUGGCUACGGAAUUUUUGGAUAAUGGUAACACAAGCAAGGAGUCAUUGGCAGAACUUUGGUCCAACUUUCUCGAGCAGGAGUCCCAAGCUGCGCUGGAAAACACACAGUCAAAGCCUUGACCAUUGUGGUAUAUAGAAAACAACUGACAAUACGUUCCGUUGCCGCACAUAGGCUGUGUUGAAGUCAUACUGGUAUAGUUCUUUGUGAGCUAUAUGAUAAGCAGGUUCUUAUCAGAACUUAUAUCCGUUACAAAUCGAAAAUUUUAGAACCAACUUU